UUGAGGAAAUUUUAGAAAGAAGAUCCGCCGCCUGCCUUAUCGCCGCCACAUCCACAUCUAUCGGAGAUUCUCCUCCCAUGGCUGGCGGCUGGGCUGAUCGCCCGUUGGAUGUCUUCUCCCUCAUCUUCUCCAAACUCUCCCUUCCUCAAUUUCUCCGCUCGGCCGCCGCCGCCGUCUGUCUUCGGUGGUCGGCUGUCGUCCGCCACCUGUCCACUUGCGGCAACCCUAGACCAAGAUUUCUCGGAGGUUCUUCUCCCGUGGCUGGCGGCCGCUGGUCUGAUCUCCCGCCGGAUCUCUUCUCCCUCAUCUUCUCCAAAUUCUCCCUUCCUCAAUUUCUCCGCUCGGCCGCCGUCUGUGUUUCGUGGUCGGCUGCCGUCCGCGAUCUAUCCACGCGCGGAAGCUACUUUAAGUUCUGCAGGCAGAGCCCCUGGCUCGUGCUUAACGACAAUCCCCACGGCGACCCAUCCGCCAUCACCUUCUACGCCUCGGACGAGCGAAGGGAGUACACCAUCCCCGUCCCGGACCCUCCCAUAAGCGACCGACUCUUCCUCGGCUCUGCUCACGGUUGGAUCAUCACGAUCGACGCCCGCCUCCGGGUGCAACUGCUGAACCCGAUCACCGGCGCGCAGAUCGACCUCCCUCGCCUGAGCGGCGCCUUCCCCUCCGAGCACACCCACCCCAUCCGCGACAGUGCAGGGCGCCUAAUCGGCUUCACGACGCCGACACCAGCGUGCCCAGAGCUUGUAGAACAGCUUCGCCUGAAAGCAAUUCUAUCUGCUGAUCCGUCGCUCGGAGAUGGCUACGCCGUGGCGCUCUUCCAAUAUCCUCCCGGGAGAAUCUAUUUCACCGUCUCCGGCGACGAGAAAUGGUUCGACUUAAAAAAUCGCAUUGUAAUUGCAAAUAUGGUCUUCCAUCGAGGCAACCUGUACAUGAGCGCAUAUUCAGUUUCGGCAGUGUAUUUUUGUGACUUAGCCGAAAUUCAACGUGGCGAGAAGCCCAGAUUUAGAGUGGUCGAUCAGGAUGCAAGUUUUAACGUGCUCCUGCACUAUUUGUUUGAGACUCCUCGAGGGGAUCUUUUUAGCAUUUGGAGGGAGAAAGGUACAGAUACUACUAAGACCGUAUCAUUCAGGGUGUACAGGGUGGUGAUGGAUGAUGAGGGGAAGCUAAGUAAAAGACUAGAAAAAACGAUGAACGUGGUAGAGUUUAUUAACUACUUAAAAGGCGGCAGGGCGGUGAUGGAUAAGCAGAUUCUUCAAAGAGAUCAUGAAGCGAACGACGAUUUGGGAGUCUUGAUCGCCCUCUUAGGCAGCUGCGACCCACUUUGUCUUGAUGCUUGUGCUUUUCCACACUUGACGCUUAAUUCUAUAUAUUUUAUACGUGACGAUAUAUUUCGAGAUCCAGAGUGGCAAGCCUACUAUUGGCGAAUGUUUGAAGAGCGAAAUAUCGACCUCCCUAGCCUGAGCGGCGCCUUCCCCUCCGAGCACACCCACCCCAUCCGCGACAGUGCAGGGCGCCUAAUCGGCUUCAUGACACCGACACCAACGUGCCAAGAGCUUGUAGAACAGCUUCGCCUGAAAGCAAUUCUAUCUGCUGAUCCGUCGCUCGGAGAUGGCUAUGCCGUGGCGCUCUUCCAAUAUCCUCCCGGGAGAAUCUAUUUCACCGGCUCCGGCGACGAGAAAUGGUUCGACUUAAAAAAACGCAUUGUAAUUGCAAAUAUGGUCUUCCAUCGAGGCAACCUGUAUAUGAGCGCAAAUUCAGUUUCGGCAGUGUAUUUUUGUGACUUAGCCGAAAUUCAACGUGGCGAGAAGCCCAGAUUUAGAGUGGUCGAUCAGGAUGCAAGUCGUAACGUGCUCCUGCACUAUUUGUUUGAGACUCCUCGAGGGGAUCUUUUUAGCAUUUGGAGGGGGAGAGGUACAGAUACUACUAAGACCGUAUCAUUCAGGGUGUACAAGGUGGUAAUGGAUGAUGAGGGGAAGCUAAGUAAAAGACUAGAAAAAACGAUGAACGUCGUAGAGUUUAUUAACUACUUAAAAGGCGGCAGGGCGGUGAUGGAUAAGCAGAUUCUUCAAAGAGAUCAUGAAGCGAACGACGAUUUGGGAGUCAUGAUCGCCCUCUUAGGCAGCUGCGACCCACUUUGUCUUUAUGCCUGUGCUUUUCCACACUUGACGCUUAAUUCUAUAUAUUUUAUACGUGACGAUAUAUUUCGAGAUCCAGAGUGGCAAGACUACUAUUGGCGAAUGUUUGAAGAGCGAAAUGUGCAAAGGUUUAAAGUUUACUUUUACCCUGGCUGCGAUCCGGCAUUGUUUUUGGAUCAAAAUUGGUUCAGAAAAUUUCUGAAUUGUCCGAUUUCCUUGAGCAUCGACGCCACUAAUUCCGUCCGAUUAUAUUGGCAGCCUCCCUCAAGCUCCAUUAAUUAG